AUGGAUUCUUCAGAUGUAGUUGAUAUCGGUUUGGCUGACCUUUCUUGGGCCAAAUUUUUAAAGUCUCGAGCUUUAUACAAUAUUACAAGCUCGAAUGUCACACAUCGCCUGGAGUUUUUGAAUCACUCACUAUUGCCCCGAAUAAAAGCCGGCGAUCUCACUGAAAAUUUACUUGGAAGUCUCCUUCACCUAAUUUUCUUAACUUAUUCUAGAUAUAAUGAUAGGCCUUCGCGUCUUGCUAUAUUAAAUAUUUUGAAAGAGCUCAAUAACUGGAAUUCUGAGCUUUUUUUAAAUGCAUUUGUUCCAAUGGUCACCAAAGAAGCUGAUAAAUUAAAUCAAAAGAGUCCUGACUGCACCACGUACACGACAUCAUCCGCUAUUCGAUUUGUUCUUCUUACAUGGGUCAAUACACUAAUUAACUUUGUUUUAUCGGCUACCACCAACGCUGAAUCAUCACCACAUUGGAAGGGUUUGGUAGACUCGCAAGCAAUACUUUUGCAUUCAUUAACUUAUGAAAAUGAAAAAAGAAAAAGCAUGGCUAAUAGUGCAUUAGCUGAUGUUAGACGUUGUAUUCGCAAGAAUGCAUCAAAUAUUCCCUCAUAUCUAAAAUAUCUUACUUCCAGUGUGAGAUGCAGUGAUGCCGUCUUACUUGGGACAGUCGUUGAUUGUUCAUUGCGACUCAAAAAGGAAAACGGCAAAGCUUUUGUAGAAAAUGCAAAGGAUGAUAUUAUACAAUUUUAUAUAACAAGCAUCGCAUCUUCUAAAACUACUGUGUCGCAAACAUCGAAGAAUGCACUACAUGAUUUUAUGAAAUUUAUAAUUACCGAAGAAGACUUUCAAUCAAAGUUAAUUCCAGUUUUCGAGAAACUUCUUCUAAGAGCUCCUGAAAUCGUAUUGAGCGUGCUAGCCUGCCUAGUUAAAUCUUUUUCAUUUGAUUUAUCAAAUUUCUUAAAGAAAAACUUUCUUCAACCUUUACUGGCACAUAUUCGAUCCUCCAAUAAAGUGAUCCAAACAGAUGCAACAAUAUUGCUAAAGAUACUUGUUGAAAAAAGUUCUAAUGAAGACAUUCUAGUAGACAUUGUUAAAGAUAUUAUUCAAGCAUUGAGUGGAGGGACUGUAAAAGUUUCCAACCCAGAACAUCGCAUCAUAUUAUUCCAAAUUUUAAGUCAAAUAUAUCGAACACCUAAAGUCUCCAAAUCUGUUGUUGAAGGACUAUUACCAAUUAUUUUAAAAGAAAGCAACGAAAAUUCUUUGGCUAAAGCUAUUGAUGCUUUGGGCUUACAUUUUAAACCAUUAUUAAAUAUGGAAGAAGAAAUUCUCGUGAAAAAAGGUACAAAAUCCAUUGUGGAAGGAUUGGCUAGUGCCAAAACUGGCGAGAGAAAGGCGUGGGCUAUUGUAAUUGGGCGACUUGCGUGGGAAGAGGCAGAAUAUCCAUCGGCUUCACUUCGUAACGUAAUUUUUAAGUCUCUUGCACCUCUUAUGUCGACGACGGAAAAGAUUCAAGCCAAUGCUCUUAAUUUUACUGGUGGUCCAAUUGAAGGCUAUAUAUUGGUUUCAAUUAUUGAAGGUAGAUCAAAAAAUUGGAAUGAUGAUGAGAUUAAUGCAUUGAUCCGCACAAAGAAGUUCAAACAAAAUAUUUUGGCCACUUCACCCAAACUUACAUUCUUGCUUUGGGAUAAGGUGUACUCCAAACUUGCUACUGUUGAUGAAAGUUGUUGGUUUAUUCGAUCUCUUGAAAGCAUAAUUCUUAAUGAAGAUGAGGUUUCAUUGCAAAAAACGGAUAUCAAAGUGUACAUAGCUACUGCCUUUAUUUAUAUGAUUUCGACAUCUCACCAGGCUAGUCGCGAUGC